UUGUUGAAAAACAAAUGCAAGUUCCCAAGAAAGAAAGUCCGAGAUCUCUCUCUGAGCUCUGUUGCUGAAAUAAGUUUGUUAUUGGCUUCACUACUCUUUCACCACCGCCACCACCGUCAUCUUCUCUGCCGCUUUCCAUUUUCCGAUGACACUUUAAUAACUCUUCCUUCUUUCUCUUUACUCUCAAGUUGUUCAUGUAAAUUAUCUUUUUUAUCUACAUGGGGUUUUCCUGUUUUUUCUUCUAGUACGAUCUAUGUGAAAAUCUUGAAUUCUUGUGUUUGAUAAAGUAUAAAAAAAGGGUAUUUUCUAUUUUGGUUUUUUUUUUUUGAAGAAAAAUGGAUCAUAGUCGUGUUGAGCAGCAACCAAUUACUUCUGGUUUAACUAGGUAUCGAUCUGCGCCAAGUUCUUAUUUCUCUACUCUGUUAACUACUACUACACCUGUUACUGGUGGGGGUUGUGGUUAUGCAAGAGAUGAUUUUUCCAAUUUACCAAAUUCUACUGCUUCUUCUUCAUCUACUGAUAUAGAGCAAGUUUUUGCUAGAUUUGUAGCUAGUAUUGGUAACUCCAACUCUAACUCUGGGAAUUUUCCUACAAAUCAACCAAUUCAUGAAAACCCCACGAGUAAUAUGAAUGUUAGAUCGGAUUUUGUUGUACCAAAACAAGAGAUUACACCGCGGUUAGUACGACAUAGAAGUAGUGAUCACUCUCUUGUUUCAAAUUAUCAAAAUCAGAAUCAACACUUCAUUUCACCUGUGAAAAGGGAACCAGAAACUCUGCUACAGAGUACUGAUCAUGUUUCAGCUUCACAACUGAAUUACCAAAGCCAACCUCAACAAAUUGAGAAGUUAAAUGCAGUUACAGAUAAGCCAUUUGUAUUCGCGAAUUCGGCUAGUUUGACACCUGGUAGUAGUAGUGGUGGUGGUGGUAAUUCGAAUCUUACCCGUUAUAAUAGUUCGCCUGCUGGAUUCUUUGCUCAAAUCAAUAUUGAAAAUGAAUAUGGUGCUAUACGAGGCAUAGGGCGUUACGAAACUGGUACUAAUGCUGCUGCAGAUACUUCAUUGUCGACUCCAAAAAGUUUCAAGACUCAAGUUGGAUUCUCAUCCGGGAAACCUCCUGCUUCUCCCAGGCUUAUGGCUCCAAUAUCUGAAUUUGGAACUAAAGUCUUAGAGGAAAAGAGCAUGGGGAAUGAACAUAAAAACGACGAGCAUUGCAUUACAGAUUUCCCCAUGCCUUCUUGGGAAGAUUCACACAUUUUGUCCGAUGAUUUCCUUAAAACUGAAGACAUUGAGAUUGAGCCAUUCUCUAAUGAAGAUGCAUCCCAUAAUCAGAGUAGUGAAGGGCUGGCUCGCCCGCCAAUUCCUUUAUCUCAUCAUUUGAGUUUGCCCACAAGUACCAUGGAGAAGCUCUUGCAAGAUUCAGUUCACUUGAAUGUCAGGGCAAAGAGGGGUUGUGCCACUCACCCUCGUAGCAUUGCAGAAAGGGUAAGAAGAACACGAAUAAGCGACAGAAUGAGGAAGCUGCAAGAGCUUGUUCCCAACAUGGACAAGCAAACAAACACAGCAGAUAUGUUGGAUUUUGCAGUAGAUUACAUUAAAGAGCUGGAGAAACAAGUCAAGAUACUAGCAGAAAGGCGCGCCAAAUGUACGUGCAUAAAUAAGUAAAAACUUACAGAUCAAAAGGUGAAGUUAGGAUGAAAGGGAGCUGAUAAUGACAUCAGAUAACAGAAGUGGAUUCCCUUUAAUACUUGAAGAAGAUAAUGGGGUUGGCAAUUUGGCAUUUUGGUGGGUAAAAAUAUAGAAGCAAAUUCAUUUGAUAUAAUAUAAUAUACUUUUUUAUUUUAUAAACGUGAUAUCUGAAUUAGCUUCUGCUCACCUCAAUUACUAAGUCAUUUGCUCAUAUGAAUAAUUAUAUCCACCACAACCUCAAAUGUACAUAAACUUUUAGUCUAUUUUACUUGGCUUUUUCUCUUUUAAUAUAA